AUGGUGCAGCUCACGCAGCCGCUGCUGCUCGACAGCGCCAUCCGCGACUGGGUGCUGCUGCCCAUCCUGCUCGUCAUGGUCUUCGUCGGCCUGCUGCGCCACUACGUCACGCAGCUCAUCACCAGCGUGCCCAAGCCGCAGGCGCCGGCGGCCCUGCGCGAGCAGCGCAUCAUGACGCGCGCACAGACGACACGCAUGAACAGCUGGUACCUCAGCCCGGCCGCGUACGCUGCCCGCCGCGACUGGCUCGCCGACAAGCUCGGCAGCGGCGAGUACGUGCAGCCCGUGCCCGAGAAGAAGCCCGACGAGGGCCCGGUGAACCCGCUCUCGGACCCGGCGCAGAUGGAGGGCAUGAUGGAGCAGGCCAAGAAGAGCAUCGUCAUGAUGGUGCCGCAGACGCUCAUCAUGGGCUGGAUCAACAUGUUCUUCAGCGGCUUUGUGCUGUUGCGCCUGCCAUUCCCGCUCACGCUACGCUUCAAGCUCAUGCUGCAGCGCGGCAUCGACACGCCCGACAUGGACGUGGCGUGGGUGAGCAGCAUCAGCUGGUAUUUCCUCUGCCUCUUCGGCCUCACGGCCAUCUUCCGCCUCAUCCUCGGCGACAACAACGCCGCGGACAGCUCGCGCGACAUGGGCGGCAUGGGCGCCCUCACCGGCGCCGGCGGCCAGGCGCCGCCGAACCCCUUUGGCGGCGCCGGCCCCGACUACGCCAAGCUGCACCUGGCGGAGAAGGAGAACGUGGAGCUGGCGGGCGCCGGCCCGGCGGUGCGCGACGGCGUGUGGGUCGGCGCAGACGUGCACGAGCGCGUGCUGCGGCUCUACGGCGCCAAGUGA